AUGAGACACAAUCUGGUGUGUCAGACACCUCCCACUGUCACUGUUCAUGUAAAAUCGAGUGCAUCCAGAUCAUAUCAGCAAAAAAACCUUAUUAGACUAAAGCGGCCUACUUUUAAAGACCAUGAAGAUAAUUGUGAAAAAAAGGUUCCUAGUCAUAAGUACAAAUGUCCAAAGGGACCAUGUCUAGUUAUUCAGCGUCAGGAAAUGACAGCUUUCUUUAAAUUAUUUGAUGAUGAUCUAAUCCAAGACUUCCUUUGGAUGGACUGUUGCUGUAAAAUUGCAGACAAGUAUCUCUUGGCAAUGACUUUCGUUUAUUUCAAGAGGGCUAACUUCACAAUAAAUGAGCAUACCAGAAUCAAUUUCUUUGUCGCUCUGUAUCUGGCAAACACAGUUGAAGAAGACGAUGAAGAAUCAAAGUAUGACAUUUUCCCAUGGGCUUUGGGAAAAGCCUGGAGAAAGCUCUUCCCUGAUUUCUUAAAGUUAAGAGAUCAACUAUGGAGUAGAAUUGACUACAGGGCUAUUGUAAGCAGACGCUGCUGUGAAGAGGUGAUCGCUAUUGCUCCAACUCAUUAUGUGUGGCAACGAGAACGUUCUAUACACCACGGUGGAGCUGUGAGAAACUACAACAAUGAUGAAGCACAGCUGCCCCGAGGACCUAGUGCUACUCCUACAGACUGCCUGCUUUGUGGUAAGAAAGGAAGAUUUGUACGGCUGGGAUUAUCAUCAUCUUCCUCCUCAUCUACCGGCACUUUGGAGAUGAUGGAAUUGCGUUCAUCCCAGAAUUCGAAGGACGCCCUUCCAACUGAAAAAAUGCUUGUUGACUCUCCUUUUUAUUGUGGCCAAGACUGUCAGAGCUUGUCCAGCAAAAGGAGACGAGGCAGCACCUUGAACCAAGACCAAUCCAUGGAUUGGUUUACAAGCAAUGAAGAAUGA